AUGAACAGACAAUCGUUAAAACCAGGAACUAAAGUUAAAAUUUCAGAUCCUUUAUUAUUUAGAUUACAAUUAGAUAAUGCUGGCAAACAGAGAGCUUUAGAACUAUUUUGUUUAUGCUUAACAGCCAAUAUGGGCGCUGUAUGA